UUCAUUCAACCAGGCAAAAUCAAAAGAAAACCAAACCCAUAGAAUAAAUGGAAGAGAAGAAGCAGAUAGUGCUGGAGUUGUACGAAGGGCUAGCGAGUGGCGAGACGGAGAAGGUUGCUGUGCUUUUAACUCCAGACCUUGAGUGGUGGUUCCACGGUCCACCGGGCCGGGAGCACAUGAUGCGCGUGCUCACCGGAGUGGAAGAGGAAGAUAAGCGCGGAUUCCGGUUCAGGCCGCGGCUGGUGGUCGAAUUGGGGAAGUGGGUGGUGGCGGAGGGGUGGGAGAACCGGGAAGACGUCUACUGGGUUCACGUCUGGGCGGUGGAGGGCGGUAUCAUAACUAAGUUCCGUGAGUACUUCAACACUCGCGUGACCGUUCGGGAACUCAGCCCGACAAAUCCGGCUUCGGGGUGGGUGGUCAGCGAUGGGAGCUCCGGCGGUCCGACGGUUUGGGAGAGCCGGGGGCAACUCGGCAGGUCGAUGCCGGGGCUCGUGCUUGCCAUUUGAAUGAGUCGAGGGAGGUGGGGCCUACCUGCGGAUGUUUCGAUGUUCUGUGCGGAAAAACUUGUGUGGCAUAGUAAGAACUGGCAUGUAGCGAACGGCGAAUUCAGAGUAGCGGCCGGUAUGCCAGGAAUUCCAUUGCCCAGCCUUCAAUGCCCACCUAAAAAAAUUACCGUGGACGUGUUCGGCACGUGGAUCUAUUUUAAGUUUUUUUUUUGUUAAAAGCCUGGGCAGAGUGUAUGUAUGUAUAAAUUCGUUAAAAACUUUAUUUAUUAAUUUUUAUUUUUGAACUC